AUGAACGAUUUAUCAGUCUUAUAUCCUACCAUAAUAACUUCGGAAGCUUCUCCAAAGCUAAUUGAUGACGAUGAUACCGCUUCUGUAUCGUCAGGAAUGUCUCCUGUUCAUUCACCACACGACUCCAAAUCUCCUUCUGAUUCUCAUGUGAAACGGCCCAUGAAUGCUUUCAUGGUUUGGAGUCGGGGACAAAGAAGGAAAAUGGCUCAGGAUAAUCCUAAAAUGCACAAUUCGGAAAUUAGCAAAAGGUUGGGAGCUGAGUGGAAGCAACUGUCAGAAAAAGACAAGCGUCCGUUCAUUGACGAAGCCAAGCGAUUACGUCAACUUCACAUGAAAGAGCAUCCAGAUUACAAAUAUCGUCCACGUAGAAAACCAAAACCGAUUGUGAAACAGCAAUCACGCCUACCACUGGGCAUUCCAUUAACACCCUUUGCAACACCUACAUUAUUUGCGAGCUAUUCACAGCUGGAUCAGCUUAAAACACCGGAUCUUUCAAGUUAUUAUUCAUCUUUCUUUCCAAAUCCAGUGCUAUCCGCCGCCACAUACACUCCUUAUAAUGUGAUGGCAGCUUAUGCUCGACAAGCAGCUGCUGUUGCUGCUGUUAGUCAAAUCACACCGGCACCUGCUCCUCCAACCAAUGUUUAA